AUGACUGAAUCUUCUGAUGAUAUAAUUGUACUUUCCGAUGAUGAUGAUGUUAAAAUUGAAUCAGUUAUUACACCAAAAUCUCAAAAUAAUUCUUAUCAAGUUCGUACAAAUCGAACUACAACAACAACUUUAAAACAUCGUGCACCGAUUCUUGUUUUAACUGAACCAAAAUCUUUAUCGUAUGGUAUUGAACGUGGUUAUAAAUUAAAACAUAUACAUGGACUAAAACGUGUAAAUAUUGACGAAAAUGACUUAAUGUAUCUUGUUGAAUAUGAAUUAUGUGAUGAUUAUGAAUUUGUUCCAUCAAAUAUUUUACGCAAAUAUUGUAAUGAAGAUAUUUUAAUAAAUUAUCUUGAAAAAUUAACACAAUUAACUGAUUAA